AUGGCGGCGCGGCGGGCGCCGGAGCCCCGCCUGGUCGACAACCAGCCGUACGACGAGAGCCUGGAUCUGCCGGAGGCCGAGGAGGCGGGCGGCGCGGCGGAGAGGCCCCGCUCGCCGCGGGCGGGGGGCGCGGGCCAGGCCCGUGGCUCCCGCCGGCCGGGGCUGCUCGGGGCGGGCGGCGGCACGGCCGAGCGCAGCGGCGACGAGGAGGGCGGCGGCGGCCCGGGGGAUCCCCGCGCCCGCUCCGCGCCCCCCGGCGCUCUCAGCGAGGACGAGGACGAGGACGAUGACUCGGACGACGACUCGGAGGAGGAUUCCUCGGAAAGCGACUCGGAGGACUCGCGGGAGCGCGGCGCCGCGCUGGACGGUGACUUUGAUCUAGCAGACUACGACUACCUGCCUGUAUCUUCUGAAAUCAAAGAACUCUUUGAGUACAUCAAGAGGUACACUCCCAAAACGAUCGAGAUUGAGCACAAACUGCAGCCUUUCAUCCCAGACUACAUUCCUGCGGUUGGAGACAUCGACGCGUUCCUGAAGGCGCCGCGUCCCGACGGGAGGCCGGACAACCUGGGGCUGCUGGUGCUGGACGAGCCCUCGGCCAAGCAGUCGGACCCCACCGUGCUGGCCCUGUGGCUGACGGAGAACUCCAAGCAACACAACGUCACCCAGCAGAUAAAAGUGAAGAGCUUGGAGAACGCAGAGAAGAACCCCAAAGCCAUCGAGAGCUGGAUCGAGAGCAUCAACGAGCUGCACCGCUGCAAACCUCCCGCCACAGUGCAUUACAGCAGGCCCAUGCCCGACAUCGAGACCCUCAUGCAGGAAUGGUCGCCGGAGUUUGAGGAGCUCUUGGGGAAGGUCAGCCUCCCGAGCGCGGAGAUGAGCUGCGGCCUGGCCGAGUACGUCGACAUGGUCUGCGCCGUCCUGGACAUCCCUGUGCACAAGGGCCGGAUCCAGCCCCUGCACGUCCUCUUCUCGCUCUACUCCGAGUUCAAGAACUCGCAGCACUUCAAGCCGCUGGCCGAUGGGGAGAAGGGCCGCAGCCCGCCGUCCAACCCUCCCGCGCCGCCGGCAGACGCGGAGCUGUUGAGCUUUGCCUGAAGCUUCACGUUAAGCCGCCCGCUCCUGGAUCAGCGUCCGCUGCUGGACACCGAGAUCCGCGCAGAGCAGCCUGCGCGGCCGCCCGGGGUUUGCAGACACUGCUGAGCUGUUCUGCGUUCCUAGAGUAGGACUUCACUCAUCACAGUUACUACUAAUAACGCCCUUUUUGACUUGUCCCUAAGCGGUUCUGCAUUAAACCAGAAUUCCCAACA